AUGGUAAUGAACGACUUGGUCCAGCCGCAGGGAGGCGCUACUACUGUCCCGGUCGAGUCUGCCUGGACUGCCACCAAUGGAUACAUUAGAGAGCCCGAGCUCAAGCCGAUCCAAUACACGGCAGCUUAUAAGGGCAAGGACAAGGUCGCCUAUGAGCUGUCAAAGCUUCCCUUCGACACCCCGCGGCGGCUGAAGGUGAUAGUGUCUGGUGCGGGCUGUUCGGGACUCGACUUUGCCCAUGCCGUUGAGUCCGGGCGACUGGGGAAUAUCGAUCUACGCAUCUAUGAAAAGAACGCCGGUCUCGGAGGCACCUGGUGGGAGAACCGAUACCCGGGAUGCGCAUGUGACAUCCCCAGCCAUAACUAUUUGUUCACAUGGGCUCCCAAUCCGGCAUGGUCCUCGUUCUACGUGACCGCGCCCGAGAUCCUUGAGUAUCUCGAAGAUGUGGCAGAGAAGUUCCACCUCAAUAAAUACAUUACCACCCGGCAGAAGGUGAUCAAGGCCGUUUGGAAUGGAGCCAAGCAGAAGUGGGAAGUCACAAGCAGACGAACCGAUGGGCGACGAAAUGUCAUUUCGACGAAAGGCGUCACCGAAGGCGAGACAGGACGCGUGAUUGUCGAGGAGUGCGACGUGUUCAUUAAUGCCUCAGGUUUCUUCAAUAACUGGCGCUGGCCAAACACGCCUGGGCGGGAGAAGUAUGAAGGGAUUCUCGUCCACAGUGCUGACUACCCGGCGUCCCUCAACCUCCGUGGCAAGAGGGUAGCCGUCAUCGGCAACGGGAGCAGCGGCAUCCAGGUUACAGCCGCCGUGCAGAAGGUGGCUGCUGAGAUGGGGGCCUACAUCCGCAACCCGACCUGGAUCACCGCCAACAUGGGCUCGCGAUUCAUUCCGCAGGGACAGACCAACCUAUUCUUCGAUGCUGAACAGAAGAACAAAUGGGCUGAGGACCCGAAGGCAUACCUCCAGUAUCGAAAAGCCGUGGAGAAGGAGCUGAAUAUCAGGUUCCCCCUAUUCAUCCGCGACACCCCCCAGCAGGCCAUGGCUAGGGAGCUCACUACCAAGGACAUGAAGCGUAAGCUCGCGUCUAAACCAGAGCUUCAAGGCAAGCUGCUGCCCUCUUUCUCCGUUGGCUGCCGUCGAGCAACGCCAGGAAGUGGUUAUCUCGAGGCGCUUUGUGCGGACAAUACCGAAGUCGUCUGGGGAGCUCUCGACAGCUUUACCAAGACUGGCAUCCGCUCUGCCGACGGCAAGGAGCGGGACUGGGAUGUUAUCAUUGCUGCCACGGGCUUCGACAUGUCCUUUGUCCCUCGAUGGCCUGUCAUUGGCAACAAUGGCAUCGAUCUACAGCAGGAAUGGGCCAAAGAUCCAGCGUGCUACAUGUCGACCAUUGCCGAAGAUAUGCCCAACUACUUCGUGUACCUGGGGCCAGGCAGCCCGGUCGGCCAUGGCAGCCUGAUCACGUCCAUCGAGCGCAUCACGCUGUAUAUCACCGACAUCAUUAACAAGAUGCAGACGGAGAACUACACCUCGUUCCAGCUGAAGAAAGGCAAGGCCAAGGCCUACCAAUCGCAGAUGCUCGCGUGGCUGGACAAGACCGUGUGGGGUGACAAGUGCCAAAGCUCCUUCAAGAACGGCACCGUCGACGCUCCUCUACAUGCCUUCCAUCCGGGGAGCAGACUGCACUACUUUGAACUCCUGAGGAGGAAGCGCUACGAAGACUUUGACUGGACGAGCGGCUGCUACGGACCGGAAUACGACUUUGCGUGGUUUAACGACGGCUUCUUGGAGCAUGAGCUCAAGGAGGGCGUCGAAGCUGACCCGACGUAAGUUGAUAUCAAACAGCCCCCGCCUCGGUUUGGGAUCUUGAUGUUCUAAUGGCGUUUUAAUUAGAUGGUACCUUGAUCAGGAGGAGGAGAUUCUGAGUCAAUUUCCUGCGAGCAAAGUGCUAGCUUGACGCAGGCAGAAGGGGUAGGAAGAAACGCUAGAUAGGUACACAGCGAUCCA